AUGUUUCUUGUAAUAAUUCUUCUGCGAGCGAUGACCCAGUGGCUAGAGAGCGCAGACUACGUCGCCCGGUUCCGGUCCCUCGACGAGCGCAAGGUCGAUGGCGGCGCCGUGGCCUUCCCGGCGCCGAUGCCAGAGACGGUCACGGCGCGGCUCGCGUCGCUGGGUCUGACGUGGGACGUGCUACCAACGCUCGUGCGCCACGCGCUGCUCUGGGACAUGGGUCUCGUCGUCGGCAACGUUAGCGGCACCGACGCCUACUUGCAGGUGUACACCAAGUGCGGCAUGGGCAUGGCCAACAUCAGCCUCACGUUUGACGAGUUUACGGCGGCGAACCCGUCGUCGCAGACCGUGCGAUCGUGCCCCGCCCUCGUCAACGGCGCCACCGUCUCGCUACUGCGGCAAGAAGCCGCAACAGGCACGUUUCUCGACGACGUCAUCAAGUGCGCGAUGGACCUCCAGAACCUCCCGGACGGCUUCUCGAGCCUCCUCGCGCAAGACGGCCUUGGCCCGAGCGACGUGCCGCAGCCGCGUGUGUGGCGGCACCAAGACAAGACCGCCGGCUGGACCAAGCUCGCGAUCCAUACACUACCCUCCAACAUGUACCCCGAAGCCGCGUGGAGCACGUGUCCGAGUCGGCCUGGUGCGCGCAUCAUCCCAUGCGAGCCCCGCAACAACCGCCCGGAGAGCCCCAACACGUGUCUGCCGACGCCGUCGGCCGCCAUGACAUCGUGGCUCACAGCUGUCAAGGCGUCGCUGCCCGCCAAGGACACUACCGGUCUGUCGACGACCAACGUUGUGUUGAUCGCGACCAUCAGCAGCGUCCUGCUCCUCGCGCUACUUGGCUGCUGCUGCCUGUGGCGACGACGACGACGACACGCUCCGUCGCCGCCAGCAUCGCCCAAGUACGAGCCGCCGGCCAUGGACGGAAGCACCGAUCCGUCGCGCUACAUGGAGGCCACGACGCCGCCGUCGCCCGCCCAGCAACCGCCGUCGUUUGCGCGGUCGGAGUCGUCCGUCGACGUGGCGCUCCGGGAGCUGUACCGCGACCCGUCCAUCGCAUCCAAGCAGCUCGUGUUCAAGGAGCUCGAUUGGAUCCGCAUCCUUGCGGCCGGCGCCUUUGGGGAGGUCUACCUCGGGCAGUACCGCCAGAAGCGCAUUGCGAUCAAGCGCAUCCAGUCGAUCCGGAUCGAGGUCGAUGGCGUCGUCGAGGCGUUCGCUGAGGAGAUUCGGCUCAUGGCGCACUUCCGACACCCCAACAUCGUCGCGUUUCUAGGGUUUGCGUGGGACCUCGAGACGCCCUCGACGCUCUGCGCCGUGACCGAGUUCCUUCAUGAGGGCGACCUGAAGGCGUACUUGGUUGCGCACCCGGUGCUGCCGUGGUCGACCAAGAUGGUGUUUGCGCUCGACGUUGCGCGCGCGCUGCAGUACCUCCACGAGCUCCUCGAGCCCACGAUCAUCCACCGGGAUCUCAAGAGCAAGAACAUCCUCCUCUCGCUGCCGCACGCCAAGCUCUCGGACUUUGGCAUCUCGCGCGAGCAGAUAAACGAUGACACGCUGACAGCCGGCGUCGGCACGGCCUUCUACUCGGCGCCCGAAGUCAUGAAGGGCCUCAAGUACACGAAGCAAGCCGACAUUUACUCGUUCGGGUGCGUCCUCGCCGAGAUGGACACGCACAAAAGCUUGUACCACGAGUGGAAGUUUCCCGCGAUCGCGAUCUUGAACAAGGUCAUGCACGAGCACCUCCGCCCGGCCAUGACCCCGACGUGCCCCAGGGCCAUUUUGCAGCUGGCGCAGCAGUGCUUCGACGCCGACCCGAGUCAGCGCCCGACCGCGUCCGACAUCGCGCGGGACCUCGCCGACCUUGUCGGCAAAGGCCGCAUUGAGCGCCACGCGUGGAAGUCGUCCGAGUCGUCCUAGAACCCGCCAUAAAUAUAUACCGUAUUUAUUCCCAUA